AUGAUGAUGAUUUUACUCUUCAUUCUUUAUUUGAAUGCUUAAUCCAUAGAUUUUUGUUCUCUAGGAUGCUAAUUCUUUAAUGAUUCCACUAAAUGUGAAUCACUUAAACCUUUAUGUUCUUGGAAUUUUAAUAAUCGUACUUGUAUAAAAGGAUAUAUGGAACCAUAAAUAGAUAUCUAUUAAUCAUAAAUCACUUAAUUUUGUUCAUAUAAUAAAGAUAAAUGUUCAAAAACAUAUGGCUGUUCAUUUUAUAAUAAUAUGUGUAUAAAGUUUUUAGGAUGUGAUGCUUAUUAAUCUUAUUCAGAUUAAGAUUGUUUGAAUAUAUCUUAUCUUUGUAGUUGGGAUGAAGAAAAGCAAAGAUGUGUACGUAGUCCCUAUUAUGAUUAUAGGGGUAAUAUAAAAUAAUAGAGAGAUUGUAAUUUAGCUGAUUUAGGUUGGAGAAGUCAAGAUGGAUGUCCUAAAUAUUCAAGUUAAUGCAUUUUUAAUCAAAUUGAAUGUGUAGAAUCUUUAGGAAGUUGUAAUUAAUAUUAGACAACACCAGAAAAUUGCAGAAAAUUAAUUGGAGUAGAUGGAUAAUGUGAUUAUUAUGAAAAUAAUUGUAGGGCUUAAAGAUGUGAAGGUUAUGAUAAAACUUAAUGUAAUUAAUAUAGAUUAGAUUGUUAUUUUGAUAAUAUAUGUCAAUAGAAAUAGAAAUGUGAACGUAGUAAUGUUAAAAUAAAAUCAUAAUGUUAAAAUACAAUAGAAUAAAAUUGUUAUUUUGAUGGAAGAACAUGUUCACUUAUUCCAUUAUAAUUAUGUUCAGUAUAUUAAAAAUCAUAAUGUUAAGGUACAGUUGGAAUAGAUGGGAUUUGCAUAUUAUAAAAUGAUAAAUGUAUUAAAUUAAAUUGUGAAAAUGAUUUAAAAUAAUAAUAUAAAAAUAUGGAGUUAUUUUAAGAUUAUUGUUAAGAAUUAAAGUAUUGUGAAUAAAAGAAUAUAAAUUGUAUUUAAAUAGCAUAAGAUGAAUGUUUAAAUAUUAAUAAAACAAUUUAAAAUUGUAAUUGUUAAAAAUGUAUAAUUAAUAAAUAGGAAUGCAUAUAUGCUAGUACUUAAUUAGAAUGUGAAUAGAAUUAAUAAUUAUAUUCUACUAUACCAUGUUAUUGGAAUUAAGAUUAAAAUUAUUGUUAAUCUGCAACUAAAUGUUCAUAAUUAUAAAAUAAAUCUUCUUGUUAGAAAUUGAAACCAUCUUGUGUAUUUCGUAAUAAUACUUGUGUGGAUAUAUUAGAAUUAAACUGUAAUUAAAUAUAUAGUAUUGAAAAUGGAGAUUAAAUAAUGUAGAAUUAUUGUAUAUUAUCUCGUGGUUGUGCCAUUUUUAAUAGUAAAUGUAUAACUUUAAAUCUAAAUUGUGAUAAUUAUAAAAGUGAAACAACUUGUUUCAAAGAUAUAACAAAUUAACCAUGUGUUUGGAAUUCAGAAAUAAGAAAAUGUAUAAAUUACAAAGAAAGAGAAUAAAUUAUAAAUAUAAAUGAAUGUGAAUUAAUAAGUAGUUUUUGGACAUAUAAAAAUGGAAUUUGUGAUAUCAGAAAAAGUUGUUCUUAAUUAAAUUAAACAGAAAUAGGUUUAGAAGGAAAUUGUACACUAUAUUACUUAAAAUAAAUUGAAUCUAAAGCUACUACUUGUUCUGAUAUUGAUAUAUCAAUAUGUUCAAAUUUUAGUCAUAUUUGUAAAAAAUAUAAUAAUACUUGUUAAAAUCUUAGUUGUUCUGAUUUGAAUUCAACUUAAUGUAAACCUAUAAUAGGAUUACAAUUAAAAGAUUAUAAAUAUUGUAGAUUAUUUGGAGAUGAUUGUAUUGAAACUUUACCUACAAAUGAGAGAGAUUGUUAUUUAUUUGGUGCAGGAUCUAAAUUCUUUAAUGAAAAUUAUUGUGUAUCUUGUAUAAGACAUGGUGAAUGUAAAUCAUUACCAUAUGUAAAUAAAGAACCAUCAACUGAAAGUUUUUAAUUAAAAUUAUCAAUAAUAAUGAUUAUUUUUUAUAUUUUUAUAAUAUAAUGA